AAGAAGGUCUCCACCAUCAUUCGAGAAUCAAAAACCAAGCCAAAGAACUAGGCAAAAGCAAAAUCAUGCCUCCUCUCCACCCCUCUAUCCUCCUCCUCCUCCUUGCCACCGCCUCACUCCUAGACCCAGCCACCGCGGGCACUAUCCACAUUCACUCUGCAGCACCAUUCACUACUGGAGACGAUGAAAACGGUCUAGCAGCAUCAAGGAACAAUUUUUACGAUGAAAGCGAUGAAUUUGCUGUCGACGCCAACAACGGACGUCGCAGCCUCAUGGCCGGACACCGCCGCUUUCUGAGCUAUGAAAUGCUUAGACGGAACAGAGUCCCCUGUACUCGUCGCGGUGUGUCUUACUACAACUGUUAUCGCCACGGAAGGGCGAACCCAUACCGUCGUGGGUGCAGCUAUAUCACCAGAUGCGCAAGAGACUUGCGCUGAGAGCCUUUUAAGCUUUGUUUGGAAGUUAAUUUCUUGCACUCGUUAUAUUAUUUUUUUAGUAUUCUUUCUUCUUAGUUCCUGUAAUGCAAACAUCGCUACAAGAGAAAAAUGGUGAUUGCCCGGGAUUCAUUAGGAAAUAAGCGG